UGCGUUUCAACAACGUUUCCCAAAAUAGAAAAACUGUAUAUUUUGUACUUCAAGGCCAUUGGUAAGCAAAUGGAAGGCCAGAGAAGCGACUGCUCUCCGACCAUGACUUCCAGUCCAUGCAUAUUCUGCUUAGAUGAACAGCGUUCGCCAAGGCGCAUCUCCUGUGGCCACUCCUUUUGUGCGGACUGCUUCGAGCGAUAUCUCAAGCUGGGCCAGGACACACGGUGUCCGCUCUGUCGGCGUGACUUCCGACCGGACAUUCAGCCCGUUCCCUCCAUGCCAUCCCAUGGUUAUGGCCUCUCUGCCGAGGCAGACUUAGACUCAAGUGACAUGGACCUGCAGACAGACACACUGGUGGUGACACUUUCAGAGCAGGAGUGUCGGUUCUUCGAGCAACUGUAUCGGGAGAUCAGACAGACAAGUAGCCAUCGAACCGAACUCUAGUCCACAUUUCGUUUUAUUUGUUU